GCUCAGAACAUUCCUGUUCCUUCCCCUGUGGGGUCUUUUGAUAAGUUUCGCGCAAUGGAGGGACCGGGUUCACCUUUGAACCGCAACGAGUUUGCUGUUCACUCAGAGCUGGUGAGCCACUCUCGACGCGAAUCUCAAGCUCUUCUUCAUCCCUCCUCCUCCACCUUCCUUCCGUCCUCAACCCAUCAGGACGUCUUGUACCAACAACAACUGCUACUUCCCCCAACUCCACUGGGCCAUAGUACCAGCUUUCGAUUGAAAGUCCAGUCCAGUUGUCAAGUCCGCGAACCUCGACCGCGGUCGACUAGAACCUUGGAAGAUCUCCAUCACUUUAACAAGUUGGAUAUCGACCAUUGACCUCAGCUUCGAACUCGACGUUGACACCACCUGAGAGUCUCGAUGUCAGUCAUCCCAUAGUCUCUCGACCUACUCCACACCCAAACCGAUCUUCUGCACUCCUCUGAGAGAAUGAAUCUUACCCCCCAGUUAGAGGUCAGAGGUCGUGAGCCCGAAGAGUGGACUCAGAAUGCAUACCAAAACCCUCACUGCAAAGGAGAGUCUGUUCAUCGGUCUCAACUCAACCCGUUGAAAGAGAAAAUUCUUCGACUGCGCGUGAAGAAUCCAGAUGGGACGCAAAUUGAGAUCAAUGAGCCUCAAGGACGGUUGAAGCUAGCUUUCACAGGCGGAACGGAAGAUCCAUCCCUAGAACUUCAACUUCAACAAUUCGGUCCAAUCCCUCACAGCGAACAAUAUCCGUCACAUAUCACUUUCAAGUUUGGCGCUUUCCCAGUAUCGAAAUCAGGCAUUGUCUAUCAUGGUCGAAAGGUUCACGGGUUCUGGCCUGCCGAGAGACUGGAAUGGUCUGAGUUCCCGAUCGUUGAUGAGAAUCAGAGAGGUCCGACAAGUUUUACGGAAGCUCUAUACGAUCUCUGUUGGGAACCAUUCGUGAGAGACGAUGUGGCAUACGUCAAAUUGUCGUGGAAAUCCAGAAGCAUGAUUACAUUCGGAUUAAGCCUUGCAUGUCAAGCUAGUCCAGAAUAUUUUGUCAUUGCGCGGACGUUCUGCAGCAUUGCUGACCCUUAUAAGCGGCAACCUGACAAAGGCCAGACGUUUACCAUCGAAAUGAAGGAUGCCCCGGACAUCCAAUACCGAUAUCGAUACCUGCUCGCAUGCCAGGCGAACUUGCAGGCAUAUUGGAGAUAUCGACUCAUUCCGCGUGACGAGCAAGGAAGCGUACCUCCGAAUCUCUGCGAUAUCUUGCCACUCUACUCUCGAGAAAUCCGGGAGCUCGAAUCAGCAGACCCGAGAAUUAAGGCAACCUUUGACAGCUCGAAACUAUUCCCAGAUGACACCGUCGCGCUAACUUGCGUCUACGCAUUCUGUUUAGUUGCUUAAGCAGAGUAUUAUCUGAAAGGAGCACUACUUUAUGAAGAACAUGCACUUUCUUUGCUUC